AUGGCUCGUGCUGCUUUGCUCGUGUCCUCAAUUUUGCUUUCUUGUUUGGUAGCCACUAGUUAUGGAGCGACCAUUUCGUCCCUUAUGAGAACUCUUGUAGUCACCGCCUCACCUGCAGCUGGACAAGUUCUAAAAGCUGGAGAAGACAAGAUCACAGUGACAUGGUCAUACAACAAUACUUUUGCACAGGGGACAGACUCAACUUACAAGACUAUUAAGGUCAAGCUCUGCUAUGCUCCUAUCAGCCAAGUGGAUAGAGCAUGGAGAAAGACAGUGGACGAUUUGUCUAAGGACAAGACUUGCCAAUUCAAUAUUGUGACAAAGCCAUACAAUCCCUCUAACAACACGUUCACUUGGACUGUAGAGAGGGAUACUCCCACUGCUACAUAUUUUGUGAGGGCAUAUGCGUACAAUUCUGCAGAAGAAGAGGUAGGAUUUGGCCAAACCACAGAUGCUCAUAAGACUACCAACUUGUUUGAGGUUCAUGCGAUUUCCGGCCGCCAUACUUCCCUGGAUAUAUCCUCCAUCUGCUUCUCUGCGUUCUCUGUGGUGUCCUUGUUUGGAUUCUUCUUCAUCGAGAAAAGAAAGGCCAAAUCUUCCCAGCAGAAAUGAUCAGAAAAUGGUUCUUUCCAAAUUUCCAAGUUUGUAACUUUUGUAUGCAUCAAGGGACCAUUCUCUAACUUCAGUGGCCAUAAUACGAUUGGAUCAAUCCCAGUUGGAAGGUUUAA